GCCUCGCAAAAAUUGCUCCUCUUGAGCUGCGCCUUGUGGACGACGGUGGAAUGUCGAUUCGAAAAUGCUCCUUCGGCGACUGAGGAUGGCAAGCGAUAUAAAGGGCCAUUUGGAGCCUGGAUGAAGAUGGCUCGAAUGAACGAGCAGUACGAAUCAACUGUACAACGACGAGUCGGACAUCAGCGCGCGCGCAAAGCGAAUCCAGAAGAAUAUCCUCGCUCGAUCUUCAAGCGCUCGUGGGAUUAACAAAGGGGACUUUGCCACCGAGGUCGACGCAAUCUGAACCAACAAUGUCCGCAGCGAAGCCAACGCUUGCUUUCUUCGGCGCCACAGGCGGAUGUGCGUGCACUGCGCUUGCACUCGCGCUGAAGGACGGCUAUCAGGUUUCGGCACGUAUGUACCACCCAAUGCGGUGCGAUCAGCAAGUUCAAUUUCAGCAGCUGACCCACGUACAGUCGCGAGAACGCCUCAAAAGCUCCGCGAUAUGCUGGAGAAGGAGCACGCGGUUCCACGAGGAACCAUCGACGCCAACCUCACCAUCAUCCAAGGCAAUGUCACAGAUAUCUCUGCUGUCAAGAAGGUUCUUGCACCGGAGGGCAUCCCUGUAUCCCUGGUUAUUUUUGCUGUCGGCGGAGUUCCAAAAUUCAACUGGAGCCUAUUCACGCCUUUUACGCUUGAUCAGCCGACAAUAUGCGAGGAUGGCUCUGUGGUCAUACUCGCCGCGCUGAGGGAAUUGCGCCGUGAGGGGGUGAUUGGCGAAGACCAGAAGCCGACCAUGAUUGCCAUCUCAUCUACUGGCCUUACAAAGCGACGUGACGUGCCUAUCGCUUUCUUGUGGCUCUACCAUGUCACGCUGAAGAUACCCCAUCUGGACAAGAAGGUUAUGGAGCGCCUGAUCGCUCAAGCAGCCACAGAAUCUGGUCACGAGGCUCCCAUUGACAGCUUUGUUAUACUCAGACCUAGCCUUCUUAUGGAUGGUCCCGGAUUGGGUAUGGAUUCAGUGAGAAGCGGUUGGGUGGAGCAUGAACUCGCGCCACAUGCUGCACGAGGUCAAGCAACCGGACCCGCCAUCGGCUAUACCAUUCGAAGGUCGGAUGUUGGAAGAUGGUUGUACGAAAAUGCGAUUAGGAAUGUACAGGAGUGGCGAGGAAGAUGUGUCUCUCUUACUUAUUAAUCUAAUCAAAGAAGCGGGUUUCAGGCGUACAGGCGCAAAGAAGCAUUUAUUGGUAGAUUUAGACAGGGGAUCUGCACGAACAGUUGCACAAUAGUUCCAACCAUCAUGUGAUGCAAUUGAGGGC